UGUGGAAUGACUUUGACAAGUCGUUGUCCGUACAAAGGCGACUGGCGAAAAUUUUAUAUAUUAUCACGUAUUAAGUGCUCUGUGUCAAGCAAAUAUUGCAACAAAAGUACAUUUUGCCUGGAGUGCAUGAACCUAGUUGGUGCUUACGAGUUAGUGUUGCAUUAGACAGUUUGUGUGAAGGCAACACGCAAUAUCCCAGGCGCCCGUGCAGCGUAAGAAAGCUACGGAAAAUUUCCACUUACACUCACACCAUCCUGAAAGGGGGACGCAGCGAGCCAGGGUGCAGCAACGACAAUCAGCUCAACAAUCAGUUCGACGGGACCCAUAGUUCUGCCCGUUCCGUGUUGCAAGAUUUGCCGUUAUGCGUUGUUAUCGAUGUGCCCAGACUGUAUGGUGUAUUGGCCUAGUGCACUAUGUGUGAUGAUGGUGCAUAUUUAUAUUAGUAAGGUUGACUAGAGACUGUGAGUAAACUGCAAUGCCGCAUCUACGCGCCCGUGAGGAACAAAUGACGACAAGUCGUUCGAAACACAAGUGUGUGGCAUCGUAGACUGCUGUACAAAUUCCUCAUCUGAUUCAUUCCAUUUCAUCUAAUCGGCUAAGUGACAAUAAGCGAAUCUGGAACGGAUUUGUACUCAACUUAGAAGGUGAUGAGAGACCGCCAGAUUCCAGUGAUUUUCUGCAGCAUUGAUACAUGAAAACUAUGCGAAAGUUAAGUCUCAACACGGGUGCAGGUAUGUCUCGACAAUCGAAAACGGCACCACAAGCGAAGAAGGUGAUGCCGCCAGCCGUGCCGGACAUCUAUGGAAAGGUUGGAGCAAAUAAUGGAACUACACCAAUUGACAGAGGCGGGGUGAAAAAGAUCGGGUCCGGUGUGCCUUCCGACAACCCCGAUGGAGAGGUACGCAACGGAGUUGGAGCAAUAAUGCUCGAGCAUCAUAAUCACGGAACAGACGGAUCGGCGAGGACAUCGUCGGUUUCGCUCGCAACAACGACUGCUCCGUCUAGUUUAUUGCUGCGCUGCGGUGGUGGCGAUGUGGUCGUUGAUUACGUUAUGGACGAUCAAGGAAUCGAUCUGACCCAAUCGCCCGGUCGGGACAGUCCGGUAUCGUUGUCCGGUUCGGCUGGGUCCGGUUCGCGAAAUUCAACCGCUAGCCUCGACUCGGGACGAGCGUCUUCAUACUUGACCGGUGCGUCCAACUCAUCUAAUCGCAGUGUCAGUGGGGUAGGAAGCUACGGCGUCCUAUCGUCACCUCGCUGCUCGGUCAGCUCAUGCUCGAUAGGCUCAGGUAGCGUUGCGGGCGGCAACAGUAGUGGUGCUGGGAGCGGCUCACAUCGCCUCAGCAACCACUCAGCGGGGAACAAUCGCUGCGAUCACGACAUUAUAUCCGACUGGCUGAUGGAAAUACACUUCCAGGAGUACACAUACCUAUUUCUCGACGCUGGUUACGAUUUAUCCACUAUCGCUCGCAUGACACCCGAGGACCUGACUGCGAUAGGCAUCCGCAAACCGAACCAUCGCGAGCGUUUAAAGCGGCACAUUGAUGCCCUUAGGCUUCCCGACCCAUUACCCGGCUAUGUACCCGGAUCCAUCGAGGAAUGGUUGCGUUUACUGCGUCUGGACGAGUACAUACAGCCGCUACUCGCGCAAGGCUACCAGACGGUGCACGAUGUGACCCAACUUACCUGGGAAGACCUGGAGGAUAUCGGCAUUGUUAAGCUGGGGCACCAGAAAAAGAUUCUGCUCGCCAUCAAACGUGUGAAGGAUAUCAUCAACGGCAAAAUGAUGGGUGGCAAUGGUAGUGCCUCGUCGGUAAUCUCCGCAUUUAAUGCCGGUCUCUCGCCAACGGCAGGGGUACGUUCGCCGGUCGUCGAUGGAACUUUGGUGCGGGCACACUACGACGAUAUGAGCAUUGGAUUACGUUCGGAAUCUUCCAAACAGCAUCAUCUGGCCGUUUCUGGAUCGUACAGCACGUUCCUACGCCAACAGCCACCGCUGACGGGUGGUACCGGUGCUGAGGUUAUGUAUUACACUCAACAGCAGCAGCAGCAGCAGGGCGUACACACGCAGCUUCACCCUCACCAGACGAUAACUUAUCCUCACGUACAUUUCGAUGGCACGCAUGCUGUUUACCGGCGCAGUUCGUAUGACGACAGUGACAUAACGCCAACCAACGAGAAGGCAUGUGCCCUUCUGGCACUGUCCGACGCUGCAGUGGAUGAGAAGUCCAGCAGUUCGCACGGGGGUGUCUUAACGCAGCAGGAGCAGCAGCAUCAACAGUGGAUACUUCACACGCAAAAGCAAUUCCAGCAACAACAGUCGCAGACUAAGCAGCAGCAACAGCAGCAGCAGUACUUCCAGGGCGGUGGCACGCUACCCCGCCAGCACCAGCGCAAUAGCUACGGUGUUCGGUUGACGUUGUUGAGCGGGACGCCGAACCAAAGUGCUCAACGUCAGCGACCGAUAGCUAAGAUUGUGGCCAACAACCUGAAACUGCCCGGCGUGGGUAAUGUAGGCGGAGUGUCGCCUUUGAUCGAUAAUGCUACCGGGGGGGAAACCGUGACCGGUGGUGUAGGUAGUAGUCCACCAAUUUAUCCAGCGGAGGUUGUCCCGAUGCCACCAAUGCUCGGACACAUUGAAAACGUCGAGAUGGCAACGGCAGCCCUGGACGCGAUGCAUUUCUCCAAUUAUACCAGUUCGCCUUACGCCGCUGCCGUCCAGUUUCAGCAUCACCAUUCAGCUCUGAGCUUCAGCGGCGGUAAUAUUGCGGACGAAUCAUCCGGUUCGAUGAUCUCCAGCGCGCCUGUUCAGCAGCAGCAGCAGCAGCAGCAACCCAUAUACCACAAUCAAAGUAUGAUGCUUCACCAAUCCCUUCAACAGCACACCGGUAACCUGCCGCUUCAAAGUCAUCACUAUGCUACUCACCCGAAUGCAGCGUCCUCGACCCAGUCCACACCCUCGCCGCCCACACUGCCCGGGCCUGGCUGCGCGCCUGGAGGUGUUGGCCAACAUCUACACUCGAUGGUUCCGUUCCCUGCUGGUACCUACGCCGGCCAGAUGCACCAGACCACGGUAGAGGUGCACAAGGUGUCAUCUCAGCACGAUAACAAAUCAAACUCGAGCCUGGAAUCGAUUGAUCAAAUACCGUUCGCCAACGAGAACGCUGGUACAAUCAAGCAGCGAUCCUCGCUCAACAGAGUCGAGCAUCAGUUCCAGCAGCAGCAACAACAGCAUCACUCUGCAUUACUAUUACCCACGACGACACCACUGCCUUCGUCGGCUACCUCGAUGGCAGGCUCGUUGAUUACUACUACGACGUUGGCAACGGUUUGCAUACGGCAAGAGCUAUCGCCAUCAACGACCGGGUCAUCAUCAGUCCCCGCUGGCAACAAUAGUUCAUCGGUCACCACGAUGGCGUCUUCCAAUACGUCCAGUGCCGCUGCGUCUGCGCAAGUGGGCGCUAACACUUCCGGGACCGGUGCUCCCUCAGACGACAUCUACGGCACAAACGUUCUGAACGACAUCGGCAAUAUGCUUGCCAACCUGACUGACGAGCUCGAUGCUAUGCUCGAAGAAGAAAAGUGCGCGGGCAUAAGCGAUAUCGAGUAGGAGCGCGGGUGUGGCAAUUCAAUUACAUUGUUUUUGCUCUCACACCUUUAACGGUUCACAUUUAUUUCAUUUUAGCAAGUGAUAAGUGCAAGGAGUGUAACGAUACCAUUAAUUUAUCAUCGUGUUUCCCGGCGUCCGCAAGCAGUUAUGGUUACGGGGGGGAAUGCUAGGAAUAUAUUCAGUGUAGGAAAUAGUCGCAUCUUCGUCGAUAGUUACUCAUUGAGUAUUACGAAUUUUAUCGGCAGCAUUGGUGAGAUCGUUAUGAUUUAUAUUUUACUAUUUCGUUUUACAAUAGUAAGGAAAGAGUGUGAUAAUAAUUCGUAUACACACAAGCUCGAUGUGUAAACGUGUCUUGGUGGAUAGGCUAGGCUAGUAGUGGGAGCUCAUUACACGUAAACGCUAUGCAGAUGAGUAAAUAUGUCAGCUGAAUACGAUCAUCUUACUUAAUCAUAACACUCUAAGUUGCAAUGAAUAAAAUCAUGUCCUUCCAGUAA